ACAAUCGAAGAAAAAAAGCUCUUAAAUUUCCCAAAAUCUAGCUUUUAUUAAACCCUCUCUAACUUAUCUCUAUGUCUUAAAAACCAAACCUUUCUAUGUUCUUUUAACCUCUGUCUCAAGGAGAUGUAACUUGAAAGAGCGUGACUCGAAUCGACGCAAGGUUUUGUUUUUUUUUUUUUUUUUGGCUAAGAAGAGUUUUAAACCCUUUCGUUUCGGAUCGCAAGAGUUGUUAUAACCAGACAAAAGACAACACUAGACCAUAAUUUUGGUGAAGGAUAAGCUGUGAUGGGUACUCAAGUGAACGAGGAAGAGGAAGACUUGUUCUGUGAUGCUCGUGAAGAGGUCUCAUCUGUUUCUGAUUGUAUCUCUGAAGUCGCCGAUGAAUUUGUUCAAGCCACUGGCGAUUUAGAUCUCUGGACUAUGAAUCCUGAGAGUGUUAAUAACCGUCGGCAAAAGUUUUUCCAAUCUAUGGGGUUUAGUUUCAAAAAACGAGACUUUGAUCUUGAUCUUGAUCUUCUGGGAGAUUCUUGUUCCGACCAUAUCCCGGUUUCGAAACAGUUAAACUCUGUGUCUGAAACUGAUCACAACGAGGAGGAGGAAGAGGGGGAGGAGAAGCUGUUGAGGAAUGAAUCUACUUCCUCUGGAUCCUCUGUUUCCUCUGUUUCAUCAUUGUCUACUUCUUCUUUGGCUGAGGCAUUUAGUUUCAGGGGUUCAUUUCAGAACCGUGCCAAGACCAUUGAUGAUCAGAUUUUGCUGACGAGAGAUUUAUCCGGAAAUAGUAGUAGCAUUGCUGAGGGCUUGAGUGAAUCUGGUUCGAGUAGGUCUGAUAGCUAUGGAGAUUUUCAGAACUCUCCAAAGAGUCGUUAUGAAGAAUCGCCUAAAAAGGGGGCUAAAGGUUGGUUAAAGAAGUUAGGUGUGUUAACUCAUAUUCUUGACAAAAAUGAAGAGUGCACUGAUGGUGAGUCAAUGGGAUCAUCGUUACGGAGGCAACUAACUCGAGUGCAGUCUUUUAAAAAGCAGUUCAAGGAGCUUUCCUCACUGUGUGUCGGACAAGAGUUCUCUGCGCAUGAUGGAUCCAUUGUAGUGAUGAAGUUUUCACAUGAUGGGAAGUACUUAGCUAGUGCUGGUGAAGAUUGUGUUGUGCGAGUGUGGAACAUAACGGAAGACGAAAGAAGAGACAACGAGUUUGAAGUGGUGGAGUCUGAUUCAAGCUCUAAUUGUGUUUACUUUGGAAUGAAUGAUAAGUCACAGAUUGAGCCUCUCAAGACUGAGAAUGAGAAGGCUGAAAAGAGCAGAGGCUUGUUGAGGAAGAAGUCAGAAUCGACUUGCGCUGUGUUGCCCUCAAAAGUCUUCAGUAUAUCUGAAACCCCUCAGCACGAAUUCCGAGGACAUAAGGGUGAAAUCUUAGAUCUUUCUUGGUCGGAGAAAGGGUUUCUACUGUCAUCUUCAGUGGAUGAGACUGUUCGAUUGUGGCGAGUUGGUUCUUCUGAUGAAUGUAUCAGAGUUUUCUCCCAUAAGAGCUUUGUGACUUGUGUGGCAUUCAAUCCUGUGGAUGACAAUUACUUUAUAAGUGGAUCGAUUGAUGGAAAAGUCCGAAUAUGGGAUGUGUCCCACUUCCGAGUUGUUGACUAUACAGAUAUAAGAGAGAUUGUUACAGCAUUGUGCUAUCGACCUGAUGCUAAGGGUGUGGUAGUAGGUUCUAUGACUGGAGAAUGUCGCUUUUACCAUACAAUUGAUAACCAGCUGCAACUGGAUAGAGAGAUCAGUUUACAUGGGAAGAAGAAGGUUCCUAGCAAAAGAAUCACUGGUUUUCAGUUUUUUCCUGGUGAUUCGGACAAACUGAUGGUUACUUCUGCGGAUUCUCAAAUCCGAAUAAUCUGUGGAGUGGAUACAAUCUGCAAGCUUAAAAAAGCUUCAAGUCUUGGAACAACACUGACGAGUCCAACAUUUGCAUCAUUCACAUCUGAUGGGAAACACAUUGUCUCAACAAUAGAAGACUCAGGCAUUCAUGUUUGGGACUACUCUCAACCCAACAAAAAGGCCUCUUCUCAGAAACCAAAAACCAUUAGAUCUUAUGAGGGAUUCCUCUCCCACAAUGUGUCUGUGGCUAUACCUUGGCUAGGCCAGCAGGGGAAGGAGGACAAUUUCAUAGCAGAUUUGGAAAAAACGUUUGCUCAUUUCCCGGCUCCCAUGGACUAUUUCUCUCCAAUCAAAGGAGCAACUACGUGGCCGGAAGAGAAGCUUGGAGCGGUAUCAGGUGCGGCUGCAGCAGCGGUUUCAGCAACAGUAAGCAUCAGAUCCAAGUUGAGGCUCUUAAGGAGUGUGUGCCAGAACGUUAAUAGCUCUUCGCCUCACCUGUGGGGGCUUGUGAUUGUGACAGCAACUUGGGACGGUAGGAUCAGAGUGUUCCAUAACUACGGUUUACCAAUUCGGGUCUAAAAGACCCUGAAGCAGCGUGUGUAGACUUGAGAGUUGUGGCAGUGUUAGUGCAGUAUUCUUUGAUUUUGUUUGGAGCUCACCUUAGCCUUAAAAUGCACAUUAGGAUCAUGAGCUAAGUGGGUAAUCUUUGUAUUUGCUUGUAAUUUGGUACUAUUUGUAUAGUGUGACAUCUAUAUAUAUUUUUUCUUUUCUUGGUGUGUAAUCAUU